AUGGGCAGGAAGGCGCCCCACAAGCAACUGGUGGCCACCAAGGCGGCCCGCAAGAGCGCACCAGCCAUGGGCGGCGUGGCCAACAAUGUGGCGCUGCACAAGAUCCGUCUCUACCAGAAGUCCACUAAGCUGCUCAUCUACAAGCUGCCGUUCCAGCAGCUGGUGCACAAUAUCCCGCAGGACUUCAAGACCAACCUGUGCUCCCAGAGCUCGACUGGCAUGGUGCUGCAGGAGGUGUGGUAG